AUGGAUACAGAAUAUGAAAAUAACUUUUUUAAAGUAUUUAGAAAUAAAUAUUUAAUAAAUAAAAUAUUUAAUAUUAUAUAUGAAACAGAAAUAGAAAAUAAUUAUAAUUUUUACUUUGGCCAUAGAUUAAAGUUUAAACGAAUCAAUGAUCUAUUCUUCAUUACAGAAAAAGGUUUAUGGGAAAUAUUGAGAAUGAAGCUAUUGGCAAAGGAAUCGAUUAUAAUGGACUGCACCAGCAUUCAAAAAUUUAUUGCCUCAAAUAAAGACAAAGAACUUUUAAAACUAACAUUAGAGAAAAUCAAACAAAACCAGAUUAUAAACAAUUCGGAAAUAAACAGACUUUUAGUCCAAAAUAUAUUUAAUAGAGAAACUUUAGAAUAUUUACUUUGCAAUGACCUAAUUUCAAUAGAUAUAGAAUUAUUAUUAUUUUCAAUUAAAAGCAAUAACAUCAACUCGUUUCAGUUUUUAAUCGACCACAUAAAACAUGACCAAAUAGAUCCAGAUUUUAAAAAACAAAUGACAAUGUUAUCAGUUAAAUCAAGUGAAAAGUUUAUUAAAAGUCUUUAUAACGAAAAACUUUUCGUUUCACUAGAUACCUAUUAUAAAAACAACUCCUAUAAAGAUCAUCCAAAAUAUUCAAUUGGUUUCAAAGAGUUUAUUCGAAUACAUUCUAACAAAGCAAAAAAAAUCCUUUUAGACUACAACCUAGUAUCCUUAAAGAACAUAAAAGAAGCUAAUGGUUUUUCUUUCACCUUUGAGAAUUUAACUGUCACAAGCAAAUUAUUAGAGUUUUACAUCAUAUUAUAUUUCAAACUACUUAGAAAAAACUACACCAAUAAUUUCGAGAGUGAUAUUUUACCAACUAUUAUCAAUAUUAAAAACAGCAAAAAAAUAAAUGAAAAUGAAAAGAUCAAACAUUUAUUAGAAAUAUUUAUUAAAAGUAUUUUGGAACAAGAUGAAACCCCAAAUUUCAUAUUACCAAACUAUUUUAGUAGAUCCAUAUUUACUUUUUAUAUAGAAAACUUUGGUUUCGAUUUAGAAAAUGAAAAGCUUCUAUUAAAGGUAUCUACAUUUAUUUUUGAAACAUUAAAUGAAAAUGCUUUAAUCAAACUAUUCUCAAUUUUAAAGAACUCUAUAGAUAUCGACAGAGAAAUUAAAUCAAAUAGUUUUACAAAGUUUUUUAAUCAAGCCCGAGUUUUGCCAUUUUUAAAGCAAUAUGACCAACAAACAAAAGAAAGAGGACCACAAGUUGUGUUUCCAAAAAAAAUUAUUAAAUUAAUUUUAACAAACUCUGAUGUUACGACUUUAAAUGAAAUUUUAAAAUGCAAUUUAAUUCAGGCCAAAGAUUAUUCAAAUUCCACCUCAUUUCAUUUUUUAAAUUCGAAAUUUGAAACUUUUAAAUGGUAUAUAAAUGAAUUUUUACUUGCUAAUCAAAUAACAAUCAACAAAAAAGAAACUAUUUCAAUGGACUCUAUUGAAAAAAUCGAUUUUAUUAUUGAAAAUUACAACAACAUACAAUCUUUAAUUACAAAACCAAAAUUUACAUUUUCAAAAUUAAAAUAUAUCAAAUAUUAUUGCGAAAAGGCAGUUUAUGAUCCAUCAUAUUAUUUCUAUAAAUAUUUAAAAGCUAUCAAAAUCAAAAAUCAAACUAUUAUAAACCACUAUAGAUUAUUUGAUAAGGCACAAGUAAAAGGAAAAGAAAAUGAUACAAAUAAAAUUGAAGGUUUAAAAUCUAUUAAAGAAGAAAAAAUAAAACUUUGGUUACAAUACAUAUCAGAACAUGGUUAUAGCAACUUAUCAAACAAAAAAUUCAAGAACUUUAUUUUAAUUCUUUAUUCAUAUAUAAAAGAUCAAAAACUUUUAAAAGAAGAAUCAAUGAACAAAGAGUACAAAUCAUUCAAAAUAAUGCCCAAUUAUUUUCCAGCAGCUUCUAAUGAAAUUUUAAAAAGCACUAUCGACAUUUGUAUGGUUAAAUUAAUUUUAGAGAACGGAUAUGUUAUUAAAGAAAAUCAAAUUUUUUCAGAUUACCAAUUCGAUUUAGAUAAAGAUGAUUUUUUUUCAACACAUUAUCAAGUAAUUGAAUAUCUUUUAAACAAGCUAACCAGUGGUCAACAAAAUCUAUUUAAUAUCCAAUUUAAUCGACUAUAUUCAUCAUCGCUACAAUGUAAAGAUAUUACUUUUAACAAAAUUCAAAAACUAGAUGAACUGUUCCAUCACUAUUCUGUUCCAAUAUACAAAGACUCUUAUCAUACCUUUCUUUAUUUAAAAAUUAAAAGUGAAAAAUUUUCGGAAUAUUUUUUAAGAAUGGAUUACUAUCAUGAAACUCUCUCAAAUAUUUAUAGAAAUUCAAGCUAUCUAAUGUUAGAAAAUCACGAUGUUCUAAAUGAAAUUAAUUUUCCAAUGCAAUACAUUAAAAACUCAACAUUUUCAGAAAUAUUUUUAAAAUUGAACAACUUAACACUAGAAAGUAUUAAUCCAUCGAAACAUCAACUAUCAGAUCAAAUUCAUUAUGUUUUUACAUUUCUAGCUUCUAUCCAUUCACCUAAUAUUAUUGAAAUACUUGUGCAAGAUUUACUAGAAACAAGAAAUGACUUAGAACCAUAUUGGUUACCAAGUUUUACCCAAAAUUUAUUAAGAGUGUUUGAAGAAUCACAAAUUCCAAAACUAAUUGCCUAUGUAAAAAAUAAAAAAAUAUAA